AUGGCGUUCAAGGAUGUACGAGACCUUGCGGAGCAAUUGAAACUUCUUGGAUAUCCAAAUAACAUACCGAUCUCCGUACUCAACACGCCUUACGGCGGUCCGGAGAGCUUCAAAGCGUACUCGGACAUUUUGCAAUGGCUCAUCAAUCGGUUGGAACCGAAUAUGGUGCUCAACGGUGGAACCCGCACCGAACAGGAGCGGAUUCAGUUCGUCCGGUCGGCAACCGAGUUUUUGGUUACCAAGUCAAGCAUCAAAAUCAAUCCACGCAAAUUAUAUGCCAGUUCGGUUGCGGCCGCAAAAGAGCUGCUCAAGGUAACGACCUUACUAAUCUCUUCGCCGAAAGUAACCGGUCACGAAGAAGAAUUGAUCAAAUCGCAUGUCGAAAUCGAUCUGUCUGAUAAAAUCGACGACCUGAAGAAGGUGCGUGGCCUAUCGUCCGAGCUUACCAACCGUGGUGCUGCCCUGUACGAUUUACUAAAGAAGGAAUUGAUCAACCGGGAGGUACGUAAUGUACAGUCCACCCGUUCACUGGAGCUCGUGACCACGGAAAAGAUAAUCAAAAAUGCAAUCGCGUCUCUACAAUCGAAGUUAACCAACUCAAAGGCAAUGCUGGAAAGUUUAAAGGCAGACAACACUAACCUUGCGGCGAAAAUUUCGCGCAAAGCGUCCGAGCUGGAACGUUCCCGACAACGUCUUCAAGCAUUGCAGAAAGUACGUCCGGCUUAUUUGGAGGAGUUUGAAAAGUUGGAACUUGAGCUGAAGGGUCUCUACGAGCAGUACAUCGUACGCAUAAGAUGUGUGGAUGCGCUCAGAUCGCAGUUGAUCAGCAAAAACCGAACGCCAACUCCGACGUCACCAGUUGCUAGAAUCACCGACAGCAGCAUGACAAUACUACCGGAAGGGUUGAUAGAGUCUGAGGACGAAAACGAAGAGGAUGAUGAUUUCGACGAGCGUGAUGAUGUGAAGCUGAAGACAGAUCGACGUAUCUUGCGAAGCGAGCUGCUAAACCGAGAUCGGGGUUCCACCAGAUUCAGAUCCCGGAUCGAUGGAGCUUCACCGAGUGGUAAAGAUCGGUCGAAAAUGAUAGGAAGCAUUGAGGAUGAGCUCGGCCCGUUGGAUAGUUCGAUGAGCUCGGAAGAAUCGGAGAGUGAGCUCGAAAUGGGAGGCAAUCGAUUAAUCGAUGGAAGUUUGCGAACGGAUGACGAUGAAGAUGAGAGUCUCGCUAAAAUGCCGAGAGAAAGUUCCACGAUCAACCGAGGAGCAAAAGUAGAUCUAAGCGAUGAGGAUUUCUAA